UAAUGCUCCUGUCCCAAUAUCCACCUUUGAAGUUGUUGGUAUUUUGUCCCUUCUUUUGAUAGUGCAUUCUAUCUUUACAGGUAUUCUUCUUCCUGCUAUGUCUUUUAUUCAAGUUUUAAUGAGGAUAGAAAUUUCUUCAGUGACUCCUCACAAUGAUGAUGGGGUAAGUUAGUAUCAAUGUUUUACAGUAUGAUAGUUGAGUAUUUUUCCACUGGAUGCUCCAAUUUGCCACCAGCCUAAGACAAAGCAUAAUAUUUACCAUCUUCAAUAAUCUUGCCCUGUUUAUGUGUAAGUAGUGGGAUCUGGCAGUUUUUAUCCCUCUGUAUUCUAAAAAAUAUAACUCACUGUUGAGGACAAAAUGAUGAUCUCCCCCUAUGAAAAUGUCAGUUUUACCAAGUAUUUCCAAAGUGCUUGUAAACAGAGCAAGGAUUUUUACAGCUUUUCUGAACAUCCUAGUUUUGUUUUUGAUGCUUACAUUAGUAUCUUUGCACACAAAAUAAAACAAUUUUGCAAAAACCAAAAACUACCAGGGUCAAAAUGAUCCCCCCCUUAAGAACUGACAUUUUUGUUGAGCCAAACCACUGUUGUGCAAUAAUGUGCUUCAACUUUGUGAUGCUCAAGGCUUUUAACUGUCACCAAGAAACCAUCGUCACAAAAACAAAAGACUUUAGUUUAGGCUUGAGAAAAGGUGUUGUUGAUGCUCACAAAGCAGAAGAGGGAUAUACUAAGUUAUGAGUUGAUGAUGCUCACAAAGCAGAAUAAGGAUCUACUAAGUUAUCUUAGCAUUUCCAAGUGUCAAGAACUGGAGUGAAAAAUAUCAUCAAUAAAUUCAAAGAGAGCCACACAGUACAGAACAAGCCUGGUAGAGGUAGGAAGAGAACAAUUUCAAAGACUCUGGAAAGAAAACUAGUGAGAGAUGUGUGUAAAGACCCCAGAACAACUGCCAAGACAUGAGUGAAUGACUUAGCCAGGCCAGGGACUGUAGUCUCAAAGAAAACAAUCACUAGAGUAAUGUACAUGAAUGGACUGAGAUGUUGACCAAGAAAAACUCCCCUUCUGCAGAAGAGACACCUUCAAGCUUGACUGAAGUAUGCUGUGGGGAUGCUUCAGUGCAUCUGGAACUGGUAAUCUCAUAAAAGUGAAAGGAAGAAUGAAGAAAGAUGGAUAUUUGAAGAUUUUGAAAGAAAACAUCAAGCAUUCAGCAGCAAAACUGGGUCUGGGUUGUCACUUUGUCUUCCAACAAGACAAUGGCCCAAAACAUACUUGGCUCCAGGUGAAGAACUACCUCCAGAAGACCAAAGUGAAUGAAAUUGACUGGCUUUCACCAAGCCUUGACUUGAAUCCCACUGAAAAUCUGUGGGAUGAGCUGAAGACCAAACUCCAUGCCAGAAGACCCUCAAAUAUGGAGGAGCUUGAGAGAUUGACCAAAGAAGAAUUGGCUGGAAGUCCUCAGGAGACGUGUCAGAGACUUGUUGAAAACUACAACAACUGCAGGCUGUUAUCCAGCAAAAAGGAGACACGACUUACUAUUAGUAUCAGGGCGCUAACAAUUUAGACUGGCAGUUUUUUUUGUGUGAAAUAAUUGUGUUUCUGUGUGCAAUGUUAGAUAAUGUAAGCAUCCAAAAUAAAACUAAGAUGUAAGCUGUGUUAAAAACCCUUGCUCUGUUAAACAGCACUUGGGAAAUACUUUGACACCCAAACCUGAAACCUACCACGUAGCAGAAUUUACAGGCAUUAAAAAUGAGCAAAGAAGUAAAGAUAGAGUAAUUUCAGUCUUCUUCAUCACCAUCUAAAAACUCUUCAUUGUGGUUUUAAGUCUGUGGGGUAUCACAUUCUAGUCAGUCAGUAUUUUUAUGUGAUGAAAAAGUUGCAACUUGGCUAUUAGUUGUAAAUGAGUCAACAGAAAGCUGCUCAGGAUUUUGAAAACAUUUACAGCAGUGGGCUACAUGGACUAAAUUCCUGUAUUGAUUACAGUGCAGAUUCCCCUGUCGUGGGAUUACUAAAGGAUUAUCUUGUCUCAGUUGUGGACAUGAUAAAUAAGGGCACCAGCUUGAUGUGAUGGGGCAGUGCAGCCUAGAAGGCUGCUGGGAGGGAUUAUUUUCACUGAGAGGCAUCCUACAUGGCUUCCCACCAGUUUAGCUGUUUUUGGUGCAACCUGGGGGUCUUUAAUUUUCUCCAAUGAAGCUGCACUCUGGGGGGUUUAUUUCACUGGCAGGAUACUCUUCAUCACGUAUCCACUGGAAAUGCACUCUGCUGGGCCAAUCACAGUCAAGAGGACACUUCUGCUUUUUUUCUGAAUACAGCCAAGAAAAGUGAACAUUAUUUGUGCCAUAUUGUAGCGAAUGCAUUUUUUUAUUGCAUCUGCUGUCCUUUCAUCGUUCUCAAAACCGUACAUUUUAAAUUUCAUACGGAAACUGUUCGACCUUUCACUGGUUGUCUCUUAUUUGAAGGAACAACCUGUUAACGUAGCAGCCUCUUCCGUUACACCGGGUCGUGUCUGUAUUAACUUACAGACACUUUUCCUCAAUAUUAACUCGUUUAACACUGAAGCUAUUGUCGUUCAUUGACGAUUCAAUCUACAAUAUUUCCGUGAACACGUUAUUUCCGACUUUGUACUGCCAUUUUCCCCUUUUUCUUUAACAUAGUUUAGCCAGGCUACUUUGCGCGAAUUUAGCUUAAAAGUUACCGUUAUUGCGCAAAGACCGGGAAGCGACCUGAUGUGUUUUAACGGUUCAGUUUAGCAGGCAGUGGGAUUUUGCGUGACUUUCUCUUGGAACUGAAAACACAAGCAGAACUAAAGUCCAGCUUCUGACUGAACAAAGUAUGGGUGUAAUUCAACGUAACUGUGAUGAACAUGAUGUCCAACCUCCGGCCAAGAGCUGCCGGUUUCAGUGCUCAGCCCCGUCGUGUCGUUAUGCUUGAGUAUUGGCUGGUAAACGGCAAAUUAUGCAGAUUUCUGGACGUCGAAGGAGGAGGGCAGGAGGCUGGGCCAGCGGAAUGCUACGUGUCUUGGAAUCCUUUUUAAAACCCCCUCGUCUUCUUCGAGUACCGCAGCCAAAAGUUUGGAGGUUACAACUCGAGUAACCGGCGACAGACUCCUUCAUCCUCCUAGGCCUGUGCGAGAAGCGGACCAGCCCGGUGUUCAGCAGUCCGUCGGCGGUGAUACACCCGUGGGAAAAUGUCCGGAGUGAAAAAGCUAUGCACGGAUCUCAAUAGGUCAACGAAUGUGGUGUACCAAGCCCACCAUGUCAGCCGGAGCAAGAGAGGGCAGGUUGUGGGUACAAGGGGAGGCUUCAGAGGCUGCACCAUUUGGCUCACUGGUCUGUCUGGGGCCGGUAAGACAACCAUCGGUUUUGCCCUGGAAGAGUAUCUUGUGUCCCAUGCUAUCCCCUGCUACUCACUGGACGGAGACAACAUUCGCCAUGGCCUGAACAAGAAUCUCGGUUUUUCUGCACAAGACAGGGAGGAGAACAUCCGUCGUAUCGCUGAGGUGGCCAGACUGUUUGCAGAUGCUGGCCUGGUUUGCGUCACGAGUUUCAUCUCUCCCUUCUCCAAGGAUCGCGAAGAAGCAAAAAAAAUACAUGCCAGUAAUGGACUGCCAUUUUUUGAAGUGUUUGUUCACGCUCCUCUUGAGUUGUGCGAGAGCCGAGAUGUAAAAGGACUUUACAAGAAGGCUCGUGCUGGAGAGAUAAAAGGCUUCACUGGGAUUGACUCAGAUUAUGAACGCCCUGAGGUUCCAGAUCUUGUCCUGAAAACUGGAGAGCUCACUGUGAAUGAAUGCCUCCACCAAGUGUUGGAGCUACUCAGGGACCAGGGUAUUGUACCAAGCGAGAUCAUGGAGGAGGUGAAGGAGCUCUUUGUUCCCGAGAACAAGCUGAAUCUCGCUUUGACUGAUGCAAACACACUUCCCACCAUCAGCAUCACCAAGCUGGAUCUGCAGUGGGUGCAGGUUUUGGCGGAGGGCUGGGCAAGCCCUCUGAAAGGCUUCAUGAGGGAGAGAGAGUUCUUGCAGGUCUUACACUUUGGCAACCUGCUGGAUGGCGGGGCUAUCAACCUGACAGUUCCCAUUGUCCUGCCUGUCAGUACUGAGAACAAGCAGAGGCUGGAUGGGUGUACCGCUAUUGCUUUGGAGUACCAGGGUUCACGUGUGGCUAUCCUCAGGAACCCAGAGUUUUAUGAACACCGGAAGGAGGAGCGCUGUGCCCGACAGUGGGGCACCACUUGUCCACAGCACCCUUACAUCAAGAUGGUUAUGGAGGGAGGUGAUUGGCUGGUAGGUGGUGACCUGGAAGUUCUGGAGCGAAUCAAAUGGAACGAUGGACUCGACCAGUACCGCCUCACUCCUCACCAGCUCAAGCAGAAGUUCAAAGACAUGAAAGCAGAUGCAAUUUUCGCUUUCCAGUUGCGUAACCCAGUCCACAAUGGUCACGCCCUGCUGAUGCAGGACACAAAGCGACGUCUGCUGGAGCGUGGCUACAAGAAUCCAGUCCUCCUGCUGCAUCCACUCGGAGGCUGGACCAAAGAUGAUGAUGUGCCACUGGACUGGAGGAUGAAGCAGCAUGCUGCAGUCUUGGAGGACGGGGUCCUGGACCCAGCCAGGACCAUUGUGGCCAUCUUCCCCUCUCCAAUGAUGUACGCUGGGCCCACAGAGGUUCAGUGGCACUGCAGAGCUAGAAUGAUCGCAGGAGCAAACUUUUACAUAGUUGGUCGGGACCCUGCUGGCAUGCCUCAUCCAGAGACUAAGAAGGACCUCUAUGAACCCACCCAUGGGGGCAAGGUCCUCACCAUGGCACCUGGUCUCACCUCUGUGGAGAUCAUUCCCUUCAGAGUGGCUGCUUACAACAAGACUAAGAGGGCGAUGGACUUCUAUGACAAAGACCGACACGCUGACUUUGAGUUCAUCUCUGGAACCAAGAUGAGGAACAUGGCUCGAAGUGGAGAGAACCCUCCGGAUGGUUUCAUGGCCCCAAAGGCCUGGAAGGUGCUGGUGGAGUACUACACCUCACUUCAGAAGGACAAAUAGGAAAACAUGGUGAUGAGCUGGAGGGAGAGCAGCAUACUAUAAAGGAUACAAUAGAUUCUUAAGAGGGUACUGUAGACAGAUUUUUGUUCAAUCGCAUAUAAGAAUACACAUUUAAAAUGAUGUAUCUACUAGAAAUAAUGAGUUACUCUGGGUACACACCAAUAUGAAUUGCAGUGGUUAAGAAAUUGAACUAUUAAAUUCCUAUAAAGCAAUGUGAUUUAUUAAUCCAUUGUAUGUUUAUAUGCAUAUUAAUUUAAGCUAUGUAUUUUAAUAAAUUUAAAGUAACUUUAGAUUCCUUUUUUAUUCUUUGGAUUUUUUAGGAGCACAUUCCAAGACAGGAAUAAAUGUCUAAUAUUUACAUGUAAUUAUCUGAAGGAUGCCUUACAUGAAAACAUGUAAAUAUCACUUUUAUAGCAUUUUAUGGAAAUUGUUUCUGUCAUGUUGUUUGAAUGGGCUAAAUGAAAGUCAUCUUCAUGUUUAUCACUACCUACAGAGCCUCUUUAAAGUACAUGUAUGGAUGUUGAUUAAUUCAUCAUGUUUAUGUUUCAUAUUAUUGUGAAAAAACAACAUAAUUAUGAAUGUGUAAUAAUGUUAAAGUGCCUUACUCCGAAAAUGUCCACAUUGUGAAAUUGAAACUACAUUUGUUGCUAGUAUUGGCCUGUAAUGCCUCUGAGAAGUGUGAUUGUAUAAAGAGGGCAUGUGCAUCCAUAAAAUAAAGGUCUGGAGGACAAAGGUUGCCCAAUUCA